AUCACAAAAUUGUACCAAAAGAGGCCAACGUCAUGACAGACUCUACCAAGAAGGUGACUAAAAAGCUUGCGGGUACCGCUGCAGACACGGCCGCCUGGGUUACCAACAUUGGUAACGAGCAUGGGCAGGUCCUCGUCAGUGUCCUCACUGCUGGUGAGGGCGACGGAUUGCUCCCCAUGGUGGCUGGUCUCAUGGAGCGGUACCGGCUCGCCGGGGUGGCGCCCCCCCAGCUCAUGUACGUGGACCGAGACUGCUGCUCCAGCUUCGGCGGAUCAAAGACAGCUGCCAUGUACAAUGAGUGGGACCAGCUGGUGGUUCGGCUGGACAUCUGGCACCUGAUGCGGCGGUUCGCGUCAGGUGUCACCACUGAGAGCCACCAGCUCUACGGUCCCUUCAUGCGGCAGCUGUCAGUCUGCAUCUUAGAGUGGGAUGCAGGCGAUGUCCGCCGACUGCUGGGGGCCAAGAGGUCUGAGCUGGAGGGGAAGCACAGGAUGGUCAGCCUCACCGAGGCGGAGGUUUCGAGGCAGAUCGGCAGGAAGGAGAUGGCACUUCACUGUCGGCGUCGUACGCGUAGAGCUGCGGUGACCGAAGUCCUUCUCCUUGACCUCCUCGAGACCUUCCACGGCGAGAAGGGGGGUCGACACCCUGGGCAUCCCGUUGCUGGACUCCAUCAGCAUCCAGGCAAUCUGACAAGAGCAGAGGCGCCACCUCCACUGCAUACAGGACCCACCCGUUGUACUGUACACCGAGACCGGCAUAUUCACGCCACCCUUGGUUUAUCGCUGCGCACGGGGCUCCACAUCCUUGGAGUCAUUCCACCUCAACCGGUUCAUCCCAGGUACCAGGGCAAAUGCAAUGCAUUUCCAGGCAUUCCUGUUGGAUGGACUGGUGAGGUGGAACAGGGACCGUGCACAGACAGCAGUGGAGGGAAAGAACAGGCAGCCCCUGCUCUCCUACAGUGGCCACCUGCAGCACAUCCUUAACCUUAGCAGCCAAAGGGUGCUUGGCAAGGAACAGGUUAAGGACUACUCCAAGCCUAGCAAGUACACGGGGGAACUCCUAUUAGUGGAGUACCUGUACUCGCAAUCUGGCAGAGUGCUGCAGGAUGUCAGCGCGGACCCUGACCUUCCGGAAGAGGCAGCCGCCGUCGAGCAGCUCGACGAGGAGGACGAGGGCUUUCAGGAGGAUGUGGACCAGACAGUCCACAUCUCUCAUGUCACUCCUAAGAGGGCCCCGUCCUCCAGCUCAGCGGCACCUGUCAGGGGAACCCGCUGACGCACCCAGGUCUGGGCCAUCCAGUCCCACCGCCCCUGAAGACGGAAGCUCUCCUGAGGCCCCUGAUCAACACGGUUCUCCUCACCCUGAACACUCCUCUGAUUCAGAGGGGGCGAUGCAAUGCCGGGCUACCAGCAUGUCCGCAGGCUUGCCAGGGCCUUGGUGGGGAUGAGGAACCGUCAGGGGCUGUCGGACCGCAGGGUAGACGGUCUGGUGGCGCUGUGGCUGGCGCUUGAUCUACCCUGCCCGACACCAGGAGAGGAUCGUUCAGGGGCGGUUCAAGGCAACGAAGGGGAAGUCGUCCAUUAUCCUAGGAAAAGACUCUCCCCAACAUUGCCUUCUUGGACUCAACUCGGGCCCUGCCAAUUGGCCGGGCACCAGCCGUUUGGUGGAGGCAAUUUGCAGUCAGCUCUGCCAAAUCCAUCCCAGCGCCAUGACCUCCAAGAGGAACAGUCUACUUUAUGAUACAGAAUGCAGGGAUGUGUACUGAACCUGUACCCAUAAUAAAACAAAGUGCUCUAUGGUCAAAUGCA